UGGCACUGAUUCGUACAGAUGGCGCACAUCGUUGGAAAAUUGGAAAUGCUGGAAAUGUCAUUCCAAUUCAUCGGGCAAUCCUAUCCGCUGUCUUUCUUUCACGUGUUGUUUUCGCAGAAUACGGCUGUUUGGAAACCACUGCUAUCAAAAUGAAGUUCAACAAAUUCGUUACUUCCGAUCGGAGCAAGAAUCGCAAGAGACAUUUCAGUGCUCCAUCACAUAUCCGACGGAAAUUGAUGACUGCACCAUUGUCGAAGGAGUUGAAAUCCAAGUACAAUGUUCGCAACAUGCCAAUUCGUAAAGAUGAUGAAGUGCAAGUUGUCCGUGGUCAUUACAAGAGCAACACAGUUGGCAAAGUGAUGCAAGUCUACAGAAAGAAAUUCGUAGUUUACAUCGAGCGCAUCCAACGUGAGAAGACGAACGGAACAAAUGCCCCAGUCGGCAUCCAUCCUUCAAAGUGCGUUAUCGUAAAAUUGAAGAUGGACAAGGAUCGUAAAUCAAUUCUUGAACGUAGAGCUAAGGGACGUUUGGUCGCUCUUGGCAAGGACAAGGGAAAAUAUACUGAGGAAACAACAACCGCUGCACCAAUGGAAACAGCUUAAGGUUUUAUGUAUUUUCUACGGUUAAAAUUACAUUAACGGAGGAAAUCAAAA